CCUCUUUCGAUUUCCAACCACGGCAACCAGUGAUUGAGACGGUGUCUUUUUCGUUGCGCGCUGAAAGGUUGCGUUUAUCCGCACUAUUCCCGGCGGUUAAACAGGGGUAAGAGUAAGCAGUUCGCCCGCAACAAAUAGAGCAGUUAACACAUAGACAACAAGAGAGAAAGCAAAACAAAACUGGGAUCUGUUGAGUUGCGCUCCGCCAAAGCGGAACAUACCCCAGAACAUCUUGUGAUCAUUUCCUCUUCUUUCUUGCCGGGAAAAGGUUGUUGGAUUGGUUUCGAGCAGACGUGCUUCUUCUCAACGGGUUAGUUUAUACUGGUGUGAUCUAAGAAGUUUCCUACUGUUUAUUUACAUUUAGCCUAUGCGCGGAGGUCAGAUUUUAUAUGUAGGAAAAACGACGAAUUCCAUCCUACUGGUUGACGGGCACCAAUUCUAAAGUUAGUUUACAGAUGCAGAGUAAACAAACACGGUUUGAGAGCAGCUAUCCGAAGAAAGACUUGUCUGUUUGUCCGUUCAAGCUUUCACUUACAGACAUUCUUUAAUCAUUGGGAGUUUUGAGGAGAAAGGGCUUGUUUUGAAGCAAAAAGGAACGGGGGUUGUUUCUUCUGGAUGCACUGAAUGAACAGGAACGUCCCAUGUGCGGCUUUCACUCUUCCUGACAGAAACAGCCCUCCAGCUCUAAGGAAGUUUCUCCGUGGUGCAUCUUUUGCAGUGCAAGCAUUCCUUCAACUCCCAGUCUUAAGUUUACAAGCCGACGGAGUCCUGAGGCGUGACUAGCAUUUAGCAAGUCAAAAUGGCUAACAACACUGCAGACCACCCGCCAGGGAACUCGGUCACUGAGAUCGACCAAGAUGGGGACUUUGGCAUCACGAUGAUGCAGCUCCGUGAUCUGAUGGAGCUCCGAAGUGGCGAAGCAGUCAGCAAGAUUGCAGAAUGCUACGGAGACGUGCAAGGGAUCUGCCGCAGGCUCAAGACUUCACCAAUUGAGGGACUUUCUGCAAACCCUACUGAUUUGGAAAAACGCUACACAGCGUUCGGUAAAAACUUCAUCCCCCCCAAGAAACCCAAGACCUUUCUGCAACUGGUAUGGGAGGCACUACAGGAUGUCACCCUCAUUAUUCUGGAGGUGGCAGCCAUUAUUUCCUUGGGUCUGUCCUUCUACCACCCACAAGGGGAAGGCAAAGAUAACUGUGGCCAAGCAUCUGGAGGUGUGGAGGAUGAGGGUGAGGCUCAGGCAGGCUGGAUUGAAGGUGCUGCCAUCUUGUUCUCUGUCAUUAUCGUGGUGCUGGUGACUGCCUUUAACGACUGGAGUAAAGAAAAGCAGUUCCGUGGGCUGCAGAGCCGCAUCGAGAAGGAACAGAAGUUCACAGUCAUCCGUAAGGGUCAGGUCAUCCAGAUCUCUGUGGCUGAAAUCGUCGUGGGAGAUAUCGCACAAAUCAAAUAUGGUGACCUUCUCCCUGCUGAUGGUAUCUUGAUCCAGGGUAAUGACCUGAAGAUUGAUGAAAGCUCUCUGACUGGGGAGUCUGAUCAUGUUCGCAAAUCUCUGGAGAAGGACCCCAUGCUCCUUUCUGGAACUCAUGUGAUGGAAGGAUCUGGCAGAAUGGUGGUCACUGCCGUGGGCCUGAACUCUCAGACUGGAAUCAUUGUCACCCUACUGGGCGCCACUGGUGAGGAUGAGGAGAAGAAAGUGAAGAAAGGUAAAAAACAAGGACCCCCCGAAAAUCGCAACAAAGCUAAGACCCAGGAUGGCAUCGCCCUGGAGAUCCAACCGUUGAAAAGUGAGGAAGGAGCAGAGUCAGAAGAGAAAGAAGAAAAGGAGAAAAAGAAAGUGAAUGUCACCAAGAAGGAGAAGUCGGUCCUGCAGGGCAAGCUGACCAGGCUAGCAGUACAGAUCGGAAAAGCAGGUCUCAUCAUGUCUGCGGUGACCGUCAUCAUCCUGAUCCUGUACUUUGUUAUUGAUACGUUUGGCGUGCAGGGGCGCAAAUGGACGGCUGAGUGCACGCCUGUCUACAUCCAGUACUUUGUAAAGUUUUUCAUUAUUGGUGUGACGGUGCUGGUGGUAGCAGUUCCGGAAGGACUCCCUCUAGCUGUCACCAUCUCCUUGGCCUAUUCUGUAAAGAAAAUGAUGAAGGACAACAACUUGGUGAGGCACCUGGAUGCCUGUGAAACCAUGGGUAAUGCCACCGCCAUCUGUUCCGACAAAACUGGAACGCUGACGAUGAAUCGCAUGACAGUGGUGCAGGCCUAUAUUGGUGACACACACUAUAAGAAUGUUCCAGAACCUGAGGCCAUUAAUCCAGAGACUCUGGAGUUAUUAGUCAACAGCAUCUCCAUAAACUCAGCGUAUACAACCAAGAUCAUGCCGCCAGAGAUGGAGGGAGGUCUGCCAAGGCAUGUGGGCAAUAAGACUGAGUGUUCCCUUUUGGGUCUGGUGCUGGAUUUGAAGAGAGACUAUCAGCCUAUUCGGGAUGAAAUUCCUGAGGAGAAACUUUAUAAGGUUUACACAUUCAACUCCUCCCGGAAGAGCAUGAGCACUGUGUUGAAGAACGCAACUGGCCCUGGGUUCCGAAUGUACAGCAAGGGUGCCUCUGAGAUCAUCCUGCGCAAGUGUUCCCAUAUUCUCGAUGCUUCAGGCCAGCCUCGUGCCUUCAAGGCCAAGGAUCGGGAUGAGAUGGUGCGGAAAGUGAUCGAGCCAAUGGCCUGUGAUGGGUUAAGGACAAUUUGCGUAGCCAUGAGAUACUUUACAACGGAGCCAGACUGGGACAAUGAAGCUGAGAUUCUGAAUGACCUGACCUGCAUCUGUGUGGUGGGCAUUGAAGACCCUGUCCGCCAUGAGGUUCCUGAGGCUAUUGCUAAAUGCCAGCGAGCAGGCAUUACCGUCCGUAUGGUGACUGGAGACAACAUCAACACAGCCCGUGCCAUCGCCACCAAAUGUGGAAUCCUGCAGCCUGGAGAAGACUUCUUGUGCAUGGAGGGCAAAGACUUCAAUCAGCAGAUUCGUAAUGACAAAGGAGAGGUGGAGCAAGAGCGUCUUGACAAGGUCUGGCCCAAACUACGUGUUCUGGCCCGUUCCUCCCCUACAGACAAACACACUCUGGUUAAAGGCAUCAUUGACAGCACAGUUGGAGAGACGAGACAGGUGGUGGCUGUGACUGGAGAUGGAACAAACGACGGUCCUGCCCUUAAAAAGGCAGAUGUUGGAUUCGCUAUGGGAAUUGCUGGCACAGAUGUUGCAAAGGAGGCCUCUGACAUCAUCCUUACGGAUGACAACUUCACCAGUAUCGUCAAAGCUGUGAUGUGGGGACGUAACGUCUACGACAGCAUCUCCAAGUUUCUGCAGUUUCAACUGACUGUCAAUGUGGUGGCGGUGAUCGUUGCAUUCACUGGGGCAUGCAUCACACAGGACUCUCCUCUAAAAGCCGUUCAGAUGUUGUGGGUAAAUCUGAUUAUGGACACACUGGCUUCCUUGGCUCUGGCAACGGAACCUCCAACAGAAUCACUCCUACUGCGAAAACCUUACGGUCGGAACAAACCACUCAUUUCCAGGACUAUGAUGAAGAACAUCUUAGGUCAUGCCGUUUACCAACUUGUCAUCACAUUUACUCUUCUUUUUGCUGGUGAGAAGUUGUUUAACAUUGAUAACGGCCGUAACGCCCCCCUCCACUCCCCACCGUCUGAGCACUACACCAUCAUCUUCAACGUCUUCGUUAUGAUGCAGCUCUUCAAUGAGAUCAAUGCCCGCAAGAUCCACGGCGAGAGGAACGUGUUCGAGGGAAUCUAUCGGAACCCCAUUUUUUGCAGCGUUGUGCUGGGAACCUUUGUUCUGCAGAUUAUCAUUGUGCAGUUUGGAGGGAAGCCAUUCUCCUGUACAGCCCUCACCAUCGAUCAGUGGCUUUGGUGUGUGUUCAUAGGGGUUGGUGAGCUGCUUUGGGGUCAGCUCAUCUCUGCCAUCCCCACUCACCAUCUCAAGUUCCUGAAGGAGGCCGGUCACGGCAUCCCCAAGGACCAGUUUUCAGAGGAGGUGCUAACCGAGGGUGCGGAUGAGAUUGACCAUGCUGAGAUGGAGCUCCGUCGAGGGCAGAUUCUGUGGUUCCGAGGACUCAACCGCAUCCAGACCCAGAUGGACGUGGUUUAUACAUUCCAGACGGGCCAAACGCCGGUGCCUGGGGCCCUUCGUCGCCAGCCCUCUGUGGUCAGCCAGCAUAACGAUGCAAAAACUGUUUCUAGCCCCACCCAUAUUAAGGUGGUGAAUGCAUUCCGUAGCUCCCUGUACGAGGGCCUAGAGAAGCCAGAAUCCAGAAGCUCCAUCCAUAACUUCAUGUCCCACCCUGAGUUUGUACCCCUCUCUGAGGAGGAACCCCAUGUUUUCCAGAUUGAUGUGAACUCUGUAUAGAUCGAGCCCAUCUCCUCCUCUUCCAGUGCUGGGGUUGGCUCUGUCUGACCCUCCCACCACCCUUUAUUCUCCAGUCUAAAUGUCAUUGCCCCAAAACCUUUCUUGACAUGUGCACCGGACACUUCUCCAACGACAGUUACUCCAACGACUCUGGUGGAACACAGUGAGCCCUGCUGAUGCACAUCUGAAAGACAGCACCUCCAGUGGCCGUUGGGGCGACCACAAUCCUUUUCCUCUCUUUUCAGACGUCCUCCAUCUCCCUCACCUCCCCACCCCUCUUGACUUGCACUGUGCUGGCAGCAGCAGCGCUCUGUAAGUACAUGGGGCUGUUCUGCAGCCCAUGUGAGGAGUGGCCUAACUCACACACUAGAGGGCGACGCUGCAGCAAACAUUUUCUCAUUUUUAUAUUGUCACGUCUCUGGUCUUGGGUAAUGCUGUAAUUGUUUUUGUUAUUUGUUUUCAGGAUUCUCAUUUACAUAUUUUGGGUUUUUUUCUGAAAAAGCCAAAUGUGUUCAUGCACUCAGAUGUACAAGAUGAAGUGCACAUUCUGUUUGGAUAUUCAUUUUUAUUAUAUAUAUAUAUAUAUUAUUUUUUUUUUUUUUAAACAUGGCAGUUCCGUUAAUCCAUUUUUAAAAAUGGCUUUAUGUCCUAAUGGACAGUUUUAAGGAGUUCAGACACACUACAUUCUUGCCAUUGUUUCAGACAUUGUCAGAAAAAAUGCUGUCAGGUUCAUUUUGGGUGUUCUGUCACUUUAUAUGUACAGAUGUAAGGCUGCUAUAGUAAAAAGUUAGCAGAAUAAAAGAUGCUAUAACCUA